AUGUCCCCUCUUGGGCGUGCCCGCGACAAGCAGUGUGUUUCUAAGGAACGAUCUCAGCGCGGUGCUAAGAAAGACAACCCUGCUAGCGACGGAGAUGUCAUGGAUGUCCGACCAAUAGUGUGUUCCCUCCGGAGCGGCAGGCAACAAACGACAACUGAAACCCCUGCCAAGAAUGAAGGCUUGAAGACCGAAGGCGGGGACGGUCCUACGCAGGUAUACAAGACGACGCUGGAAACGGAAGCGGACCUCCCGGAGCCUCACGACCUUGUCUAUCGCCUCCGCACAGCAAAACGCCCCGAGAACAUGAAACACCUGACGCUAUUCAACGCGGACGGCGUUGGUUGUGUCGUGGAAGCUUCGGACAUCGUCACCAUCGCCGACGGUGAAUGUAUCACCGACGCCAUCGUUGACUUUCACAACGUGCUACUGAGCAUUCGGUGCCCCACGACGCCCAACGGCUCAACAUGGGCCGCCGUCGACAGCAAGGAUUUUGACUACUGCAACUCGUUCAAGAAGCCUUACACUAUGGGCAACUCUUCUCGAAUCUUUGACGUGGACUUCUUGGCCAUUCCGAUCUUCAAAAGUUCGCACUACUCGCUUAUGGUCGUGCCGUCCCCAAAGCGGCUGCUACGCGCCACCACGGAUGAAGCCACUGGCCCUUUGGAGUUGAUCUUACUCGACAGUUACGGCACGCACCGGGACGACCCAUCUGUGUUUGAUCGCGUCAAACUGUUUCUGGAGCUAACCGCCAAGGACUUACACCCGGAGUGCGAUGAAGCCACGAUUGUUGCAAAUCUGAAGGAGGCAAAACCCAUUCCGAUGAAGAAGCAUCAGGUGCAGCAGCAGGACAACACGCAUGAUUGUGGCAUCUUUGUGUGCCAAUUUCUGAAGGUGUUGGUGGACACUGACUUCAAGACACUACGAUCUUACCUGUACUUGGGGGGCGUCAGUGCGUUGGAGAUGCGGUGGGACAUGCGGGUGGACCUAUGCAUGCAUGCGGCGGAAGACCUUAUACCGACGCUAGCGAGGCUGGGAGUGGUGGUCCCGAGGCAACCCGCCCCCAGGGUCGCGAAGCAUGGGGCGGUAGUCGAUUCAGGUGCGGAGGAUAGCAACACGAAGCUAACACGGAUGCAGGUGGAGCACUAUAGUAUGAAGCGGGACUUGAUGAUCUGGAAGGCAGCUGUCACAGCUGUUGGAGCGGCCAUGGGGUACAGUGUCGACCAGCUCAUUGCUGGAGCUGCCCACGUCCUGCAGCAGCAAGCUUCCGAUGGGGAAGCGGCGACACCUGGGUGCAGUGGGUCCACUGCACCGUCCACGCCCAACCCACGUGCAGGCGCGCGGCCAGGAGCCCCCGACAGCCCCGGUUCCAAAGGAGAACCUCCUGUGAGUGUUGGCCAGGGUGGUGCUGGCACCACAAAUGUCGACCUAGGGGUGGUACAUCCCUGCCCGUCCCCGCUGCCCGUGCCGGCGAAGCCGUUGUGGUCGCAGAAGGCAGCCCCGGUGUGUGUGCCCUUCACGCAUGAGGCAGCGCAUACGGUCGUUCACCCAGGUGGGACGAAGCCCGUGGUAUUGGCUAUGCUGGCAAAGAGGAAACGAGACGACACUCCUUCGCCCGGGAGUGAUGCUGAGGGCGCCGUCCCCGCUAGCAAAAGCAAGAGUAAUGGACAGGGUCAGAGCUCCAAAUGGAAGGGUGUGCAGAAAGAGAAACGGGGGAGGUGGAGCGCCAAGAUACUGUUCUGGGAGAAGGAUAAGCCCAAGCGCACCCAGAUGAGGCUGGGUGCGUACAACAAGGAAUUGGAGGCAGCCACUGCGUACGCAGCAGCUGUGCACGUGGUCAAGGAGGGGCGACGUGUGUCAGGGACAGUGGAGCUGUCGGAUGAGGAGAGGGGGCUGCUGAAGGGGUGCACAUUGUCCGCAGUCAAGAGGCUGGUAAGGGGCAGACAGUGGUUUCGAUGGACAGAGUGGGAGACGGCACUGGCGGACUGUCCGGAGGAGGACUCAGGCGGGGAGGGGGAAACGCACUCCGAUUCACAGGAUGAUCAGGCAGCGGAUGCGCAUGGAGGCGCCGCCAAGGAGGUGGAUACGGAGAUUGAGAUGGGCGGGGUGAAGAAGGGUGUUCCUGAGGCGCAGGUUGGGAGGGGAACGCCGAAUGAGCUCAAUGAGGAGGAGGCGGAUACACUGGACGGAGUGGCAGAACAGGGGGUGGCUAGUGCGGCACAGGGAGCAUCGCAAGUGACGCCGCAGGCGGCGGUUUCGUCAAGCGUCGGCGCAAGAGAUGAGGAUGUCGGCAGCGACGGGGGAGGCGAGGAUGUUCCUGUCCGCUCCAAAGCGGUCGCGUCGGUUAUGGCGGACGAGAACCCGGCCGCGCACGACACGGCGGCGAAGGCGCCGAGGCCUUCGGUGCCGGACAACCCUUUCGUGGCGAUGCCGAGCGUGUCAGGGCAGCCGGCAAGUGGUUCUCGGCGUGAGGAGACGUCAACUAACGACAACGUCGUCAUUAUCCGCGCCGAGCUCGAGGCCCUGAAGGCGGCCAGAGACGACGGCGAACGGCGGAUUGCGCGCCUGGAGGCAUUGCUGCUGUCCGCACAGGAUCCCAGGACGCAUAACAAGAGGCAGAGAUGUCAGAGGGAGGAGCGGGCGCGCGGUGAAGAGAGGGCGAGCAAGCGCCGGCAGGUCGAUUCAGGCUCCGAGGACGCUUCAUCCGCGGAGGGGGAUGAUGUGGAGGCGGAAGCGGAGCCCGCGCCGGUCCGCCAUGUGCGCAAGAGGCGCCAUAUGAUAGAGGCGAGCUCUCCCAUACUCCAGGAGGCAUUUGACUUCAUGCCGGCGGGCAAGGCGUGGAAGUUUGCUGCUGUCGCGUUGGCGGCAGACAAAGGGCGACGCGAUGACUUGAACAAGAGUCUGAGGCAGUGGAAGACGGAGGUUGCAGGCCGUGUACGAGACAUUGCGCUGCCGCGCAUUGGACUGUGGCGCGACGAGCGGGAUGCGAAGAGUCCGUGGAGACGCAAGGAGGCCAGGGAGGCCGCGGAGGUGCGGACUCGCUAUCGCGUUCUGGACGACGUCAACGAGGAUCUAACACUGUCAACCUGGAGCGAGAGCAAGACCGGGAUGAUUUUUGCUAGUGGGGCAUUCACCGCGUGCGCCGCCACCGCAUUCCGGCCAAAGAAGGUCACAGGGACAGUGAAGGUGAAGCUGUACCAGUUGGCGUGGCUCGAGCACGUGGUGACGGACACCAUCCUGAACUGGGACAAGCGCAAGGGGCGUCUGUCAAAUUCAGCAGGCGGCAACGCGCAGGUGGUGAACGGGCUGCAGGAGGUAGCCGCUGCGGCAGUGGCUCAAGCGAUCCAGGAUUUCAAGCCAACGUACGAUGCAGACGAGGCGGCGUGGGUGUGGGGGGAACAUGGGUUGAUGCUGUCGUCGGAUGGGCUUGAGCACCUGGUUUCCGGCCGGUAUGCGCAUAGGGCUCCAGUGGCUGAUGAUAGAGCAUCAGUUUCCCUCGCGGUGGCGCUGAUGAAGGCCGUCAGCAUGCAGCCCGUCGUGGCGUUCCUCAGCGGCUCCGAGCGCGACUUCCAGAACUACACGUCGCGCAACCGCCUGCGCAUCUACGGGUCGCCGGAGCUGCCGGGGCUGUGCACGACGGACGUGAACCACGUGGUGGUGGUGGUGGGGUACAACUACACGGGGCCCGCCCUCGCGGGCAGCUACUGGAUCCUCAAGAACUCGUGGUUCAGCACGUGGGGCGACGGCGGCUACAUGUACCUCGCCAUGACGCCCGACGUGCGCGGGAAAUGCGGCAUCCACGCUCUGCCGGCCAUGUACCCGGUGUUCUACCCGUUCGGCCCGCAGCCGGUGCGCUUCAGCGACAAGCAGCGCGACGACAGCGACGGCCGCUGGUGGACCAAGCCGCUGCCCGUCACCUCCGACGCCUGCCAGUUGCUCAUCAACCCCUGCGGCGCGGGCGAGUGCUACACGCGCAACAACGUGGCGCGGUGCGACUGCAGCGGGCCGGAGGGCAUGGUGGAGGUGCUGGGCGUGCCCACCAGCAAGUGCGUCUCCGUCUCCCCUUGCAACGCCACCGCCAUCAACCCCUGUGGCGCCGGCACCUGCACCAACACCGGCAAUGGCACCUACACCUGCCAGUGCCCCGCCGUGAGUGCGCCCCCUUGUGCCCCGCCGCGAGUGCGCUGGCCUGCAUCAGUUGCGUCGUGCGGCCUCGUCUGCCUCUCGCGCUUUCCAUGUCAGUCGCUGUAUCCUCCCCGUCCCCUUUCCCCCCCUCUCCGCGGUUUGCAGGGCUAUGCCAUUGGUGCGGAGACGGACGGGUCGCUGACAUGUGUGGGUGUGGCAGGCGGCAACACGUCGUCCCUCACCUACACCACCGUGCCAGGGGACACAUGCGCUGUGAGUGCCACGUGUGCUGGCAUAGCAGCGGGGUACAACAGCAGUGUGGAGGCGCUGGCAGCGCUGAACCCUUUCCUCAACUGCUCACUGAGCUACAUCCCACCGGGCUUCGUGCUGUCGCUCUCCAACUCGUCAGCGCCCUCCACCACGGUGUGCACGGCCACCUACAUCGUGCGCGCCAACGACACGUGCGCCUCGCUCACCGCCGCGCUCUUCAACGGCAGCGACGCCGCCUUCCGCCAGGCCAACCCGCUGCUCUGCACGCCCGACCGCCCCGCGCUGCUGCCCUCGCAGCAGGUAUGCGCCGCUGCGGCGCCACUGUCAGCGGCGAAUGCGUCGGUGGUGCAGUGCGGGCAGACGUAUGUGUCGGUGGUGGGUGACUCGUGCAACGCCGUGGCUAUCAAGUACUCCCUCGACCUCCCCACCUUCAAGUCGGGAGACGGCAGAACGGUGGUGAACUGCACGGCGUGGUACACGGUGCUGCAGGGCGACAACUGCCCCAACAUCUGGAACGCCGCCAACCUCACCGAGUCCACCUUCCUCGCCAUCAACCCCGGCAUCCGGUGCGUCGUUAAGUCUGCAUGGUUCGCCGCCGUGUGCCGUCGCUGUGCCUCAUGUCAUGCACUUCCUCUGCCUCAUGUCAUGUCAUGCACUUCCUCUGCCUCAUGUCAUGUCAUGCACUUCCUCUGCCUCAUGUCAUGUCAUGCACUUCCUCUGCCUCAUGUCAUGUCAUGCACUUCCUCUGCCUCAUGUCAUGUCAUGCACUUCCUCUGCCUCAUGUCAUGUCAUGCACUUCCUCUGCCUCAUGUCAUGUCAUGCACUUCCUCUGCCUCAUGUCAUGUCAUGCACUUCCUCUGCCUCAUGUCAUGUCAUGCACUUCCUCUGCCUCAUGUCAUGUCAUGCACUUCCUCUGCCUCAUGUCAUGUCAUGCACUUCCUCUGCCUCAUGUCAUGUCAUGCACUUCCUCUGCCUCAUUGCCAGCCACCAUACCUGCAGGUGGGGCAGAAGGUGUGCAUCAACUCGCCCAUCGUGCCCUCGCUCAUCGCCUCCACCAACUCCUCCUUCUCGCUCUACACUGUGAAACCCGGCGACACGCUCGCUCUCAUCUCGUCGCGCUUCAUCAACCGCUGCAUGCCCACAUCGGUGUCGCCCGCGGCCAUAGCGGCGUACAACAACAUCCUCGAGACGGCCGCGCUGCUCGUCAACACCACGCUCAUCAUCCCCUGCAACGUGCGCCUCGGUGCCAUUGACUGCGGGUGUACCACGUCACUGCCGGUGUGCGGGUCGGACUACGUGACGUACCCGUCGUACUGCGACGCCGUGUGCAACUACGCCACGCCCGUGCUCGCCAACGACAUCUGCACCGGCUGCAAUGCUGCCUGCAUGGGCCGCGCUGGCUCUGCGCCCGCGGCCGGAUACGGGUGCCUGCAGGCCAUCUGCCCCUACCCCACGUGGCCGCCGCCUGACAGCGACUGCACGCAGCUGCUGGGCGACGGGGUGGGCAAGUGCUGUGCGUACGUGAAGACGACAUGUGAGAACGUGUGCCAGGACUUCAAGCUCGCCAUGGGGGGCACGUCCACCACGCAGGCCAGCAACUACAAGAACUGCUACAACGCAUGCACGUGCUGCAAGCGCAUCCCCUGCGGGUUCAACUGCACUGCGCCGUCGUCGUGCCAGGAUGAGACCCCCAAGCGCUGCUCCUACUUCAUACUCACUGGCUUCACAUGGCAGUGCAGCUACUGGCCCGCCGCCUCCCCCCUGCCCUGA